AUGUUGAAGGCCGGAGCAUUGGAUCUCGCGUCAGGUAUCGGCGGAAAGAUUGACAAAAGCGAAGUCCUCUCCGCCGUCGAAAAGUAUGAGAAGUAUCAUGUCCACUACGGAGGAGAAGAGGAAGAGAGAAAAGCUAACUAUUCUGACUUGGCCAAUAAAUAUUAUGAUCUUGUUACCAGUUUCUACGAAUUUGGCUGGGGGGAAUCCUUCCAUUUUGCAGACAGAUGGAAGGGAGAGUCUUUACGGGAGAGCAUCAAGCGGAACGAGCACUUUCUUGCUUUACAACUGGGACUGAAACCAGGACAGAAGGUGUUAGAUGUGGGCUGUGGAAUUGGGGGUCCUCUAAGAGAAAUUGUUCGAUUUAGCUCAACUUCGAUUACAGGGUUGAACAACAACGAAUAUCAGAUAUCACGAGGAAAGGAAUUGAACGGGAUUGCAGGAGUGGACAAGAUGUGCGACUUUGUUAAGGCUGAUUUUAUGAAAAUGCCAUUUUCUGACAAUACAUUCGAUGCAAUAUAUGCAAUUCAAGCUACUUGCCAUGCACCUGAUGCGUACGGCUGCUAUAAGGAGAUAUAUAGAGUUUUGAAGCCGGGGCAAUAUUUUGCUGCACAUGAGUGGUGCAUGACUGAUUCAUAUGACCCCAAUAACCAAGAACAUCAAAGGAUCAAGGCAGAAAUUGAGAUCGGUGAUGGCCUCCCGGACAUCAGAUCGACAGGAAAAUGCCUUGAAGCUCUAAAACAAGCAGGUUUUGAGGUCAUAUGGGGGAAAGAUCUUGCAUUGGACUCGCCUGUCCCUUGGUACUUGCCUUUGGACAAAACUCACUUCUCGCUGACUAGUUUCUGUCUAACAGUCGUUGGCCGUUUCAUUACAAAAAACUUGGUCAAGGUCCUAGAAGCUAUUGGCCUAGCCCCAAAGGGAAGUGAGAGAAUUCAUGAUUUUCUUGUAAAAGGUGCAGAAGGGCUAGUUGAAGGUGGAAAAAAAGAGAUCUUCACACCAAUUUAUUUCUUCCUGGCCCGAAAGCCACAUUCAGAUAGUGAGUGA